GGAGUUGUCAGAGUAUGAGGUGGACGAGAGGUCAUCAGAUUGCGGGCUACAUUUUAGAUCCGGAUCAGAGGGACGCUACAUUGUCGCGCAGUGCCUCGCCUAGCUGUCUGUCUGUCUGUCUGUCUGUCUGUGUCUUGCUGGCUGUGUCGGUGUGCAUGUCGGCCAUCCAUCGAUCGACCCAGACAGACCCCUUAUAUAACCGACGAGAGUCGACAGACAAUCGAGUCAGUCCAUCCAAUACCACACAGUGAGUGACAGGCAGAGAGAUAAAGGACUGAACACACAGCUUCCUUCCCCCUGCCACUCACUGUUCUGCACAGACAGACACACGCAUCUCGCCGCCACACACACCCCACAGUCACAGCUGCUGGUAGAACUCCACUGCUGCCUGGGUGGAGCUGUUGCUCAGAUACUCAUACACCGCCUGAAUGGACAUAUGGAGGGAUCCACAGAAACCCGCCACACCGACCGCACCGAUUAACAUAAGCACGCUCGCGGCUGCCGUCAUUGCGGGCAGUCAGGAUCUUACUCACUCUGUGUUGUUGGGGGUUCUCCUUCAGCUUUGGGGCCAGCUGCUGCAGCAGCAACCGAACCUGGAUGUCAUGUGAGUGAUAUAUGUGGGGUGCAACACACACACACACACACACGACAAUGCGCACAACGGCGGGAAGGAGUCCAGUGAGUGAGUUGGGUCCAUCCAUCCAUCCAUCUCGCACUUCACCGACUCACUUAGUUACCUGCUGUUUGGUGUUCUCAUCGAUGUCCGCCUUGUCAUUGAACAGCUCACACACGGCGAUCUGACGAUCCACACACCCUCGAGCAGCCAACUAUAUUGCCGUGUGAUGUAUAUAUGUUCACAGACCUACUUACCUUAGCGAGGUCGUGCAGGUGCGGCUGCAGGUGGGCCUGCGUCUGGGGCGUGUGGAACAGAUACAAUAGGCACUGUGAGUGAGACCGACCCGCACACACGCACACACAGAGAGAUGGAUGGAGCCAUGUGUGUCAUGCACGAGAUUGCCGUGUGGCCAUUUUUGCCUUGAGGACGAUAGAGCACUCAUCCGCGUCGACUCGCAGCGGCAGCACACGGCACAGGCCAACCAGCAACUGAUACACGAAAGGGAAAUGGUGGGUGGACGGCACACAACUCACUCACACAACCCCACGACACAUAUAUCUCUUUGGUCUAUCUGUAGGGUCACACAGGGGGAGGGAGAUAGAUACAGACAGACAGACAGACCUGUGGGAUGGGCAGCGCGUCGACCUUGACCCUGAGAAUGAUCCUGCAGACCGCCGCGGCCGCGUUGUCCACACUCGCCGCCUCCACGUCGUCAUACUCCUGGUGGACUCCACUCAUACACACAACAUGGAUGAAUGGAUGGGGACCCGCCUUGUCGGGGUGUGUGGUGGUGGCUGUGUGGACACGUACCUCUGCGUCAGUGUUGGUCUGUUCGUUGGCGAAGAAGGGCUGCAGCAGCUGCAGGAUGGGCAUGAUCUGCUGCUCCAGCGUCGCCACACCCUCCCCCACCUACAUCCAUCCCCCCACCCACCACCUCUCCAGCCAGACACCAUACCCUCAGGCAGCCAGGUGUGUACCGUACCUCGUAGAGGACGCCCAGCGUGAAGACGGCGUUUCUUCUGAGGUCCCAGUCCUCGUCCUGCUGCACGCCCUGCACCACAUGCGGCAGCACCUGGUCCACAUAACGCGCUGCCGAACCACCCAUCGCCUGAAUUACGUCGCCGAAGCACCCGAGACCAAUCGUCCUGCAAAGUGCAUCCAUCAUGACAGACAGACACCACAGCGGUACGGUGGACACAGCACAACACAGCACAGCACAGCACGCCCUCUAGCUAGUCGCCCGAGCGUGUUACUUGUAGACUUUGGAUCGUUUGUGUGCGGCGAGUCUGAGGAUGAGUGGGUGGAGCUGCUCGUAGAGGGGCUGGAAGGAGCUGCCGAUGGCCUUGGCGAUGGCGCCCACGAGUGUGGAGAGGCUCUCGAAGAGCUCCUCCUCGGCUGUGCGGGACUCCUCAUCCUGCACGCAGGCAGAGAGACAGAGAGGAAGUGCAGCAACCUGAGAGUUGUGGUGUGGUGGUGGUGGUGGUGACGAUGGACCUACCUGAUCGAGGUCAUCGUCGGAGUCCUGGCAGGGGUGCUUGCACUGGAGCAGCUCACUGCACACCGACAGCAGAUCUGAACACACACACGGAGCAACAUGCGAGUCGAGUGCCGAUCACCUCACCGACCCACCACACAGACAGACCUUUGUAGAUGCCUUCGACCAUGGCCGGCCCCAGGAUCUCGCACAGCUCUGAUGUCACUGCACACGACACGAAUGACCGACAGACAGACACCAUGGAUGGAUGGAUGGACACCGUUCUCCGUCCGCCUACAAACCAUCCAAUGCGGCAGACACAACGGCCUUCUCAUCACUCUGCACACACACAGCCAACCAACCAACCAACCACACAUUCACCAACAAGACAGACACCCCACCCCCACCACUCCAUGUAGGCACCUCCUUGACGUUCUUCCACACGAAAGGCCACAGCUUGCUCAGCCCGUCCUGGCAGUUCUGGGUGAGCGGCGACUGGCAGGGCAGCCCCGGCUUCCACUGGGAGACCUCCGACUUCCUCACCUGCCCCUCCCCUGUGGUACCGCUCUUGGCCGGGGGGGUGAACCAGGGGGGCGGCUGGGUGCGGUGGAUGUUCAGGAUGAUGGCCUCGGCGAGAUUCAACGCCUGCGGGGUGGGGUGGGCAUGAGAGAGGGGUGGCUUGGUUGGUUGGCAUGGGGGCGGGGCGGGGGUGGAGUGUUUGCCUUGCCUUGCCAACCCACCCGUUGCCGUAUCGAUGAGUGGAAGUGGCAGUGGAGCUUCUCGACUAUCAGCACCAAGCUGCAUGGCAUACCAUGCACACACACGAACGUACAGAAGCCAAUUAAAUAAGGGCACGGUGUGCACAGAUGUGAUCGUGUCGGGUCGCCCGCCCGCCCGCCCGCUCAGUCUGAAGGGCUGUGUGGAUUGGGUCACUGGCCACCCCACCGACCGACCUAUCUAGGAUAAGAUUAUCUACUUACCUGUUGAGGUGUUGGUGCAUGUGUGGCCCGAGGGCGUCAGUGAAGACCUGCAGCCCGUACACUGCCGACUCAACCUCAUCCAAGUAACCUAACCCACACACACACACACAAACCCACACACCGACCGCUGUUUCCCCGCACCCCCCCACCUCCCCUCACACCGGUUCUGAUGGAGAUGCCGGCGAUCCGUCUCUCGUCCUCCUCGUCCUCCUCAUCAUCAAAACCUGACAAUGGAUCUGACACAACACCGUCCACACCACACACGGCCUGGUGGGUGUCGUUGAGCCGCUAUGAUAUGCUGGCCGUCUGUCUGACCGUGUUCAUCUUGGUGUGUGAAGGUCUCAAACUUGUCAGACAUGGCCGUCUCUACCAGAGAGGGGAAGACAUCCUAAGCACACACACACACACACACAGAGAGAGAGAGAGGCAUGUGUGUCGCCAUGUAGCACGAUUGGGUAACGUGUUUGCUCUGUUUUAAGCAGUGGGCCAACUGACGACUGACGUUAAGGUAUGGUGCGAAUGCUUCCCGCAUUGAGAAGGCCAGACAGGCGAAGAAGCGGAAAGAGUUCUCACGCAGAGCGUGGUCGGAUAUCUCACUCAAACCCUGCACCACACACACACAUAUCCACAACCAUGCCCACCCGGCUCCCUCGUCAAACACUGCACACACCUGUUUGACGAGUGGGUAGAAGACGGGCAGAAACGGCGCGAAAGCUUCUGGCCCGAUGGCCUGUGCGAUGGCGCCCACACAGUCGGUGGCCUUGGCACGGAGCGCAACAAAGGGGGAGCCCUCCUCAGUCGACGCUGAGUGAGUGAGGCACGGCACGCACAGACGACGACACGAUCCCUCCCUCCACGAGUGGAUAGAUGUUCGUUCGUUGUGCGGUCGUUGUGGUUUGUGUGGGUGUGAGAGAGUAUUUACUUGUGUUUGUGAUUUUGACGACGGGCUCCAGGUGCACCAAGACCUCCUGGCUGUAGGGGGCAAACUGAGGCAGGGAGGGGGGACGAGUGAUUGUGGUUACCUUUGUUCUGGUCAGUGGUGCGUUGUGUUUACGGUUUUUUGUGCCGAUCCUGCGAGAGACGAGAUGACGUUGAUGCAGCUCUCCUUGAGCAAUGUCAGCCUGAACGAGUCGUCGGCCUUGGUCUGAGCCAGCACUGCACACACACCCCCACCCCUCCCUCAGAUGGAUGGAUGCUCUGUCUGUCUGUCUGUCUGUGUCCUGUAUUUACGUACGUGUCAUGAGGGUGGCCAUGAUCUUGGGCAGCACGUGAGGCACAUAGGCCGCAAGCUGGUCCUCCUCAAGAUGGUCUAUCAACACCAUCAGGGCUGAACCCACCAAACAUCCCAACAGAAAGACACACAGACAGACGUGUGCUGGAGGGAGGGAGGGAGGGAGGGAGGGGGAUUCCCAUAUAUGUUUCCUUGGCACCGUAUGUAUUGUACCGUAUAGCACUUUCUCCUGGACGACGAUCGAGCCGCUGUUGGCCUCGAGUGUGUGCAGCACCACGUCCAUGACCUGCUUAUACCGCUUCAAUAUCUCCGGCUGCAGGUACUCUGAGAGCCCCUUGGUUGGUUGAACACACACACACACGGACACACACACAUGGAGAUGGACACCAAUCACGAUAAUGUGUGUGUGCAGGUGUCUGUCUGUCUGUCUGUCUGUGUCUGUGUGUAUCUUUGCUCCGCACCAAUGAACUGGCCGAUGCACGUCGCUGCGCCCACACGAACUAGUGCCUGGGGGUCCUCAAAAGCCCUGAUGAUUGACACAGACGGUUGUGUGUGUGUUGAUGUGUGUGUGUGUGUGUCACUUGAGGGCGAAGGGCAGCAGCUGGUCGAGCUGCCUCCUCAUGGUCUCGGCACACCCCUCAGACAAUAUCCCAAGCAGAGUCAUCGCUGACACACACACACACACACACACAAACGGCGACUGCCCUGUCCUUCCCUGUGUCUGUCUGUCUAUGUCGUCAUGUCAUCGAUACCCACCUGCUUUUCUCUGGUUGGGGUGGGUGGACUGGCUGUACUGCCCGAUGCCCUCUAUGGCCACGUUGAAGACCUGCGUGCCCGGCAGCGACAGAGCCACCGUGUCCAGGGUCGACGCCGCCAACGUCGAGGGACUCUCCUCCUCUACACACACACACACAUAUAUACCUGUGCAUGUGUGUGGUUCCAUUCCAGCGUGGCAUAAAUGCAUCGAGCUUAGUUACCUUCUUCGUCAUGCUCAUCGGGCUCGGCUGCCAUGGGUAGGAUCACGUUGAGGAUGGCAGGCAGCAGCUGGUUGCGCGUUACCACUGCAGACGACAGACGACCACACACACGUACAGUACAGGACGCUGUGUGGUGUGGUGGUGUGGCCUGGCCCGCCAAGCCCUCUCACACCGCAACGCAGCGCACCUUUUGGUUUGUUCUUGCACACCCAAUGCAGGAAGGUCAGGGCCUGGCUGCGGGUGCCCGUCUGCAAAUCUGACAGACAAUCACAAGCAGAAAAUGUUCAAAAACUGUCACGCGGAUGCUGUCUGUCUGUCUGUCUAUCUGUCUGUCUGCUUGUCGGUCUGUCUCUUGUUGUCGGCUCACGCGUGUUAGCGGCGAUGUGGAGCAUGAACUUGACAAUGUCCGGCAGGUCUUGAGCCGAGAAGACCACAUUGCACUCAACCUGUGUCGGGUCGACCCAUCCACACACACCGCACAUACAAACAUACAGAGUCUGUCUGCCGGUGGCCGUGCUCACCAGAUCGUCGAAUAUUUCGAUUGCCAGCACAGCGGUGUCUUCAUGGCCCUGCUGCAGAGCGGCCUCGACGACCCGCACCAGAGGGCCGAUGAGUGUCUUGAAGGCCGUGGCCUGCUCCUCGGUCUCGACAAUCUGCGUCAAUGACGACACAGCCUUGACCGCCGCUAUCCGCACCUUCAUGCUGCUCGCGUCAUUCAGACCUGCGCCACAUAAGGAGAGAGGGAGAGAGAGGAAGAGGAGCAUCAUUAAGUCCAUCGUGUGUGGGUGUGGUAUAUGCAGGUCAGCUGACUUCUGACUGACCCUUGUUGAAGACAACCACAAAUUGGUUGAAGUAGUUGGCGAUGUUGGUCUCCAUGUUGUCGAUGACGCUGCCAAACACCAUCAUGGCCACCUCCCGCGGCCCCUCCUCGCCGCUCUCCAUGCACUGGUUCAAAAAGUUGAGCAGCUCCGCCCCCCACUCGCCAUAAUCCACCCUGGCCACCGCACUCACCACAUGCGCUAUCGCCACGCGCACCAAGUGGCUGUCCUCCUUGACAAUCCGCUCCAGCAACGUCGCCUUGAUCUGGCUCUGCGUCGCAUUGUCGAGGCGGCCCAGGUUGGUUGCGAUCUUCUUGCGCAUGAGCACUGCGGCCAGCUGCCGAAUGUUGGGAUUGGGGUGGGUGGUGACGAUGCGCAGGAGGUCGACGCAGAAGGGUGCAUGCUUCAGCCGCGCCUUGAGCUCUUCGGUGGCUUGGGCGACGCUGCGCGCAUCGAGGAUGCCUUGGAGCAGAUCUUCCGGCGAGGCCGAUGCCAGCGGGCCGGCCACCAUCGCACACGCGCAAUCGGGCUUCGGGAUGAGGAAAUGAAGAAGGGGCGCGCUUCUGAUUGCGAGCUGAGCUUGCAGACAACUCGACAAAUUUGGUCGAAACCAUUGCUUGGAACAAAAGCUCGUCUCAUCUCAUGGGGUCUGUGAUGGUCUUUGACACACACACAUACACAUACACACACACGCAGGUAUGUAUACGAAGGCAUACUAAAAAAGGCCAGCCAAGAUUGUCGAUACCAUGUCAGUCAUGGUACCUUCCUCGCCUCCCUGAAGGAUGGAUGCCUCCUCGGUUGCUCACUGCACAUGUCAUGUCACAUGUCACAUGUCCCUCCCUGUUCACUCACAUCACCCACCCACCCACCCAACCAACCUGCCCUGUCUGUCACUCACUCACUGGUCAGGCAUACGAUAGAUACGGUAGCAGUUGUGGAUGGAUGGAUGGAGGGGUGGAUGGGUGAUGGCACUACUAGUGACUGAGUGAUAUGACAAUAAUAUAUUGACUGACUGACUGACUGACUCACACACAUCGAAUCGAUGGGCUCAUUCACUGACUGACUGACUGACUGAAACACUCCUGCGUGCCGUGCACGUACAUGCAAUGCAUCGGAUCCACACACAUGUAAGUACAUGUGUGUGUGUGUGUAUACGAAGGUAGGUAGACCGACCUGAAUGACGAUCAACACCAGCCUCACGCACUGUCUGUCCCACUCUUCUCCACUGCCCACACACAGCACAGCAGUCAGUAAAUGAGGUGUGUGUGGGUUAUGUAUGUUAUCCAGCUGGGCAUCCAUGCAAUCAAUAUAAAGUCGAGGGCGUUUGACCCAAGGCAGGCAGGCAGGCAGGCAGUUGCACGCAUCCAUCGACAUGCAUGACAUCGACUAGGGGGCAUUGGUUCGUACUGUAUGUAUGUGUGUACGGAUGAGGCGCGGCGCACCGCACACGACGCGCGUAGCCAAAAGCGGCCGGCCGACACCCUAUCUAUCAUAUGACUGACACCAAAUCAUCGUGUAGACAUGUCUGCCAGAAAGGCCCUCAACCGAAGAGUCAGACAGGCCUUCUCCAAAAGCACUUGAUUGAGUUGGACAAACACGUGUACGGCCGUCGCUUCACAGUUGGCCACGUCACGAGCUGCUCGAUAACAACGACACCGAGUUUUUUCGAUCCCGGUGUCGUUGCAGUCAGGCAGCUCGCAACGGAAACCGACCUUGAAGCAAGCAGCGACCACGCAAUAUGUUCAUCCGGUACAUAUGAUGUUGGGUAGCCUCGCAGUGCCGCUGCCGUCUCCCGUCCCUCUCUUGAUGGACCUUCAUGCACACCUGCGUACUCUUUGUCUCACCUGGGGUGCCGGCGAGGCGAUGAGUGACAAGCAGGCAGGCAGGAAAGGCCCAUCAUGAGUGGAGUGGGGGAGAAAGGCGAAAAUGGCAAGGCGUAUGUAUGUCCGUGCUACGUACGUUGCUGUAGGGUCCCUCCCUCCCCCUCCUCCCUCCAUCCCUGUUGUUCCAUCUGAGCGAGCAGAGGAAAGAAGAAUACGCCUUCGUAGAGUCAGUCAGCUCAGGCCUCUGCCUCCCUUGUGUGCCAGAGUGGUCCGGUGAGUGUGAGUGUGAGUGUGAGUGUGAGAGAGUGUCAGUCCGUCCGUCAGGUCUGUGAGAGUGUGAGUGUGCAAGAGGCCAGUCGGGUCAGUCAGUCAGAUCUGUGUGCGCGCAUGUGUGUGUGCACGUGUGGACAGACACCAAUUCUCUGCUCUGACAGCUCAGCUCAGGCAGGUGAGUGGGAAGAAUAACAUAGGGGGGAAGCAGGAAGACUGUGUAGUGUAUGUGGCUGGCUGGCUGGCUGGCUGACAACCGUCCCUCGUGUGUGUGCGUGUGCGGAUGGGAUGGCUGCAUGCAUGAUUGAGUGCGUGCGUUGCCCUUCUCAUCUCUCCCAGCGAUCGAUCCAAUCCACAGACAUGCUUGCUUGAGAAAACAGUUGGUUGCUUGUCGGUCGGUUCACCAGAGACACACGGAUCAUUCCUCAUCCCUCAGUAUGAGAAAGGAGAUACACCAAAGACAGACAGAUAGACAGAUAGAUAGACAGACGGACGGAUAGACAGACAGAUGACUGACGGCAUCCCGGCAUGUGCGUGUGUGGUGGUGUGGUGCAUCAGUGAGAGGGUGUGGUGUCUCAAAGAAGGAAGGCUCAAGGCUCAUCGUAUAUAUAUCAAACAGGUCCAUCUCGUGAGCGUCUUAUGCUCACGAAACCAACCAUCGCCCGAGCCACUUACUUGCCGAUACCUCACCUGUCUGUCUGCCUGUCUGUCUGUAUGUCUGUCCUUCGGAAAAAAGUAGCCACUAGAGAUAGAGAGAGAGAGAGAGAGAGAGAGACGGAAG